AGGCUGGGCGGGGAUUUCCGCUGGGUCUUGUUUUUUCCUGACCGGAAGCAGACGCCGCGCCGUGGCCGAGGGGGAGGGAGGUUAAAUAUGAAUUACUGAUUGCAAGUGAAAGGAAAGACACCAUGGAAGAUCCUUCACAAAUCAUCCAGAAACUGCAGCUUGCAGGCCAAGGCAGGGUUGAGCGAGAGGAACAUUAUCAGAGUAUGAAAGUCCCCAUAGUUGAGGAGGUUCUUAAAAAUCUUCUGGAGGACUUGUCGACCGAAAACCUAAGGAGAGACAGAGGAUCAGUUGUGGAUGAUGUAAAGGAUUUGCUUUUACAUGCUGACCCUCUCUGGCUUCUCAACCACUACCGUCAAGGUGAAACUCUGAACAUUGUGCACUUGUACAUUGACCUGACCGUUUCUUUGACCCUGUACGCGGCACUGCCGAGGUGUGAGACUGACAUUGGGGAGCUGCCCAACAGUGCUUAUUCCACCAUACCCAGCAGGGCGCAGAGCGUGGCCGAAACAUUUCAGCUGCUCCUCACUAAACUGUCGGUAAGGCCGCUGCAAGCCUCGUCUUCCAGCCCCGCUGAACUCUCGCCCGACUCGGUUUUGAAUGCCAUCUCGCCGCACCUGGUCAUCUUCUGUGCCACGCACUGCCAGGAGAGGCCGUGGACCAACGCGGCGUCCCGGCUGGCUGCCGACGAGCUGCUGGCUGCCACCGUGCAAGCGACCGGCUGCAAGACCGUUGUGGAGCUCCUGUGUGGAUCACAGGAGGAAGGACACGGGGCUCUGGUAAUCGUGCUGCAUCUGAUGAAACCUCAGAUGAACAAAAACACGUGGAAGUUGAACCCAGCCACGAAGCACGUGUUCCGGUGGCUGCUGCAGAGGGUGAGGAGACCCUGGCUGAGCGAGCACCUGGACACAGUGCUGCCACCAUCCCUCCUCUUCUCCGACGACUACAGGACAGAGAAUAAGAUUCUGGGCGUGAGGUGUCUGCAGCACGUCAUUGACAAUGUGCCGGCUGCUGAACUCUUGCAGUUUAACCGGGCACAGGUGGUCUACCACGCUCUCUUCAAUCACCUGUACACUCCUGAAGCCUCACUCGUUCAGGUCGUGUUGUCCUGUUUACUCGACCUUCUCCCACUCAUAGAGAAGCCACUCGUCACCCGAGGACAACAGAGAGCAAAUCGCUACGACAAAGUAUUCUGCCUAAUACUUACCCACAUGGAGGUUGAAGACAAGAUCCCCCUUCGAAGAGUGUAUGCCAAGCACCUGCCUGUCUUCAUCGAAAGGCUUGGUAUUCUGGUUGUUCGACACUUGAAGCGGCUGCAGAGGGUGAUUCUUGGAUAUCUGGAGGUGUACGAUGGACCUGAAGAAACAGCCAGGCUCUGUGUUCUGCAGGCGUUCCAGAGCAUGAUCCAACAGGCCUGGCCCAGAAUGUCCAUGAGGCUGGAGAUUUUGCUUAAAUCCUUGCUCAGAUUCAUCUAUGAUGUGGCAACUGACCAAAGCCCAACACCACCCCGGGUGAGGGAGGAACUGUUACAGGAUGCCACCCAGUGCUUGAUCCUGCUCAAUCGCUGUUGUGAGCGCAAAGUGACGGUUCUCCUGGAAGGCGUGCGCCAGAACUGCGAGAAUGCAACAGUGCUGGAGUGUCUGCUCAGGGUGCAGCAAGACGUGUAACAAUUUUUGUGAGAACUGUAUCUGUACAGAACUGUAAUAAACAUAUGGCCAAAA